GUCUGAAACAGGUAAGAUGAUAUCACAAAAGCAUAAAACCAACGAAUACUCCAAACUAGAAUUGGUAAUUUACCUUUUGAUAAUUCGUAAAAAUAAACUUUUUUUAAAAAGCGUCAUUGAAAAAUAGUCCAAUUCUGGUUGAUGAAGCCUUACACAUGAAGGCCGCACAGAGACAUUCUAUUGACUACACCAAGCAGAACAGUAAACAAACCUCUUUCCUGAAGUUUGCACCAUUUAGAGGCUUUCAGGAUUUACAGCUUCCAAAUUGAUUCUCCAAGUAAAGGAUAAAGGAUAAUCCUUUUCACCUGUUCAUGUACCGGUUACCACUAUCCUUGGCAUCAAGUUUCCGAUUGAAAAGAAUAUAAAGAAACGUUCCUUCACCGCUUGUAGAGGAGUUUGAAACGUAUUCGAAAAGAAGACCCAAAUUUUGUUUUCUUACUUAAUUGACUCAAGAUUAGCGCCCUCUUUGGAAUACUAUGGAUACAUAUACAGUUGCAUUUUUAAAGAAAGCUGGAUUGGAGGACAGUGUUGAAGUUGCAUCGACAUGGAGCCCAUUCAUCCAAAAUCUCGCAACCGGUACGGCCAAUGAAGAUUCGUUUCGAAAAUGGCUUUAUGAGGAUCGUUUAUACGUUCAGGCUACCUCUCUAUUUUUAGCGAAGGUAAUUGCGGCUUUACAAAAGGAAAAUUCUCCUUCUGUUUCCGACGCAUUGCACCUUGUGUUAGGAGCUUAUCAGGUUGUUCGACCAGAAAUUAGUCAUUUUAAUGAAAAAUGCAAAGAAAAAGGAAUUCAGCUUCCCCAAUUGCCUUGUAUUCCGACUUCCUGGGAACAAAAUCUACUAGAAAACGACCCCCAACAGUAUGCUUCUCAUUCCUCCCCUGCUUGUUACGAAUACAUUUUGUUUGUCACAAAGACUAUGUUUGAAAUACGGAAUGCUUCUGCUAGUGAUUUUUAUUUGGCAUUUUACAUGAACGAACUCAUCUAUCAUCGAGCUUGGAAAUUUGUUUAUGAAUCUUCAUCCUUUCGAAAAAGCUUCACUCAAGACAUGGAAUUUGUUUCUUGGUGGGCAAACGAUGAAUUUGCAGAAUUUGUUGAAAACCUAGCUCGUGCAGCACAGAAAAUUAAUAUUACUGAGACAACUAUCUUCAUUUUAAAGAAAAUUUGUCAUUUUGAGCAGCGAUUUUUUGAUACUGCUCUUUCCUAAAUCUUUUAAGUGUCUUCCAAUUCCAGCAUUUAAGCUUGCAAAUUCUUCGAGAAGCUAGUAUUUUCAACGCCUGACGGUAAUCUACCAUAACUUAAUACCCCUUAUUAUUACCCUGAGGAUACUUCAAGGGAAUACUUCAUUGUUGAUUUCUCUUUCAACCUCUCUUGAUAAAGUGGCAAUCUUAUGUUUACGUUUUUUAAUAUUAUCUUUUUCGUUCCCACUUUAUGCUGAAAGUUUCACUUUUAAUAGACUUCGUAAAUAAACAAGAAAAUUCCUGC